UCUUAAAUGCCCUCCUCGAGUGGAGCGACGGAUCCGACUGCUGUGCGACAGCUCGUCGGAUCGGGGUGAAUGGGGAGCGGCGGCGGCGGCGGCGGCGGGAGCUCGAAGGUGCGCCCGAGGUCUUUCGAUGAAAAGACUCGGUCGGCGUGCUGGCGGAAGGCGGCCGUGGUAGCGGGGCGGCACCCGGAACGCUGGCGGCAGGACGCCGCCGGCAACGUCGUAUGCCGCCGCUUCUGGAGCUGCCACGGGUGCCUCUGCUACGAGUACGACCACAUCGUCCCCUUCUCCAAAGGAGGAGAGUCCACUGUUGAUAACUGCCAGAUCCUUCAGACUAGAGUGAACCGAUCCAAAUCUGAUAAAGCAUGGGUAGAUGAAGCAGAGAUGCGGGGUUUCUCUUGUGACAUCAAGUUUACAGACAAGGAACUUGAUAUAAUUGAGAUGGCCGUCUAUGGGGAUGUUAUUCGUCCAGGUAAGCAAUGCCAGUGCAGGACGGUAGCUGAGAUGCUAGGGCAAGUGAAGUCAAAGAAUCGCAUGGCUGCUUGCGAGCUACCAGACAAAAACACAGCUUAACAUAUUCUAGCGCUUUUUACAUCAAAUCAAUCCCAAUUUCUUCUGCUCCUGUAAGGGAGGACAGCCUAUUGUCUCAGUUGAUUCUAUUCAACAACUGUGCUCUCAAAUUCUGCCCACCAGCAUGUCAUUUUGCAAAAAGAAUAUGGUUGAGUCCGUCUGAGCUCUCACAAGUAACUGCAUGAUUGAACAUUCUGGUGAUCUAUGUUUUUUGUUGGAAUUUGAUUCUUGAUCUGUAGCAUA